UUCUUCGUGAAAAGCAAAAAUCAUAUGGAUUGUUUAAAGGAAGCAAACAUUUCUUGACAAAAAACUGCAAUACAUCUUUUGGACAAAUCUCGUAUUCAUCACGAGAAAAAGACCAGAUGUGUGUAUCAUCGACAAUUGAACUACAUUACACAUAAAAGAGAGGAAGUUGCAAGAUUAUAUUGAGUAACCAUAGAUACACAGAUGGCUAGAUUUGUUUUAUCAAAAGUGUCGAUUAUAAUAGGAACAACUGUAUGUAUCCUUAUCGUUGUCAUAUAUCAUAACAGGCAGGCGAACAGGCGAAAAUACUAUACAUUGGAACAAAGUUUAAAAAUUCCAGGAAAUGAAAAUGACAUAUCCUACUCACAAGCUCGACAGGACAAAACUGUAUUCGAAAUAUUUCCAAUGGAACAUGGUUUUUUCAUUGAAAUGGGUGCGUUCGAUGGGCAGCGUUGGUCAAAUACGUUAUGGUUAGAAAGAAAGCAUGGAUGGACCGGGCUAUUGAUUGAAGCAGAUCCAGAUCUUUGUGAUAAAAUAGACAAGUUACAUCGACAAGUUUGGCGACUUUGUGGUUGUAUAUCAGAACAACAGAGUGCCACAUUUAUACAAGGCUCUGCUCUUGGUGGCAUAGCAGAUCAUUUAAAUAAAAACCAAUUAAACCAACUGAGCCAAUGGUACAAGGUUACUGUACCAUGCUAUAAGCUUCAAACGGUUUUAGAUAAACUAAAUACUUACCACAUAAACUAUUUCUCGCUUGACGUAGAAGGAGCAGAACUUAUCGUUUUAGAAACAAUUAAGGAAUCAUUAAAAGCAGGUGACAUAACUGUUGAUAUAUGGACCAUCGAAUAUAGAGUUUGGGACGGUGAUAAAAUAGUUUUUAAAGAUUCAAUGAAAAAUCUUGUGGGACUCAGAAAUUAUUUCAAAGAAAUAGGUGGCUAUGUAGAGCAUUCUCAGCUGUCCAACGACGAAAUUAUCAAAGAUGGUUUGUCGCUUGACGUUGUAUUUGUUAACAUUAAAACAUGGUGUGACAAAUAUGGGAAAUUGCCGAAUGGGGGAGAAUGUUCAUGAAAGAUUAACAAAACGUAACAUGAUGCUUAUCAGUUAGUUUUAAUAUUUAAAAUAAUAGGGAUGCUAAAAGUUGUAAAAUUUUAGUAAUGAAGGAACUGGAGUGAUGGAAAAUGCUGUUACUAUAUUUUAUAGUUAAACGAACGUUUUUCACUGUAAAUGACUUGGACUACGAUAGUGACACGUACAUUACUAAUUAUAUUAAUGUGAUGAACUACACAAAUGAAAGUCUUCAGACUAAUGUAUGACGUAUACAUUAGUUUUCUGGUAUUCCACUCCUGUUUUUUUUCAACUGACAAUUAAGUUUUCAUUUUUUGUGUCCUCUCUUGAAUCCACUUUGAAAAAACAAUAAAGCGAUGUCGUUUCUCUGAAAA